ACCCUCCCCGGGGCGGGGCGCGCUCGAGGGCUGCCAAGUGCCAGGACCUGCGCCCGCAGAGCGCAGCGCGAUGGCGGCAGGCGGAGGCGCGCGGGCCGCCAAGGGCAUCCUGGAGCGCCUGGACAGCGGGGAGGUCAUCGUGGGAGAUGGCAGCUUCCUGAUAACACUGGAGAAGCGGGGCUACGUGAAGGUCGGGCUCUGGACCCCCGAGGCCGUGGUAGAGCACCCAAGCGCAGUUCGCCAGCUGCACACGGAAUUCCUGAGAGCCGGGGCCGACGUCAUGCAGACGUUCACCUUCUCUGCCAGUGAGGAAACCAUGGAAAGCAAGUGGGAAGCCGUCAACGCCACUGCCUGCGACCUCGCCAGGGAGGUGGCCAGCCAAGGUGACGCUCUGGUGGCGGGGGGCAUCUGCCAGACCACAGUGUACAGACAGCACAAGGACGAAGCUAGAAUCAAGAAGCUUUUUCAACUACAGAUAGAGGUGUUUGCCAGGAAGAACGUGGACUUCUUGAUUGCAGAGUACUUCGAGCACGUCGAAGAAGCCGUGUGGGCUGUGCACGUCCUCCGGGCAGCCGGGAAGCCAGUGGCGGUGACCAUGUGCAUCGGGCCGGAGGGGGACAUGCACGGCGUCAGCCCUGGCGAGUGCGCCGUGCGCCUGGUGCAGGCAGGGGCUGACAUCGUGGGGGUGAACUGCCGCUUUGGGCCCUGGACCAGCCUGGAGACCAUGAAACUCAUGAAGGAAGGGCUCCGUGCCGCGGGGCUGCGGGCCCACCUCAUGGUGCAGGCCCUGGGGUUCCACACGCCAGACUGCGGCAAAGGAGGCUUUGUGGACCUGCCCGAGUACCCCUUCGGCCUGGAGCCCAGGGUGGCCACCAGAUGGGACAUCCACAAGUACGCGCGGGAGGCCUACAACCUGGGCGUCCGCUACAUCGGCGGCUGCUGCGGCUUCGAGCCCUACCACAUCAGGGCCAUCGCCGAGGAGCUGGCGCCAGAGAGGGGCUUCUUGCCCCCGGCAUCGGAAAAGCAUGGCAGCUGGGGCAGCGGCCUGGACAUGCACACCAAACCCUGGAUCCGAGCGCGGGCCAGGCGGGAGUACUGGGAGAACCUGCAGCCAGCCUCGGGCAGGCCCUUCUGUCCCUCUCUGUCCAAGCCGGACGCCUAAGGAGGGGACAGCGACAGCAGAGCAGGAAGAAGCCACCCUCGGCCCCACUGCCCCGCUCCUCUCUGCCUGCAGCCCCACCCCCCAGCCAGCGCCUGGGCCCUGUGUGGCUGCCAAGGGACCCUGUCCCACCCUGUGCCAGCCCAUGGUCCCUGAAUGCAGCCCUGCACUGUUUGAGAUUGCCACGCACACAGCCGCACUUAUGUUGGAGGGUGAAUCUGACGUCGUAAUCCGACAUCACUUAGAAAUGAACCGAGACCAGAAAUCAGCACACGACCCUGCCGCGUCUGCUCUGUCGGGGCACCUGCGCCCCUGGCUCGGGCAAGAGGCUCGGGCAGGAGGACUGACGUGUGGGACCACCCUCCAAAGCGAUCCUUCCCGAAGGAGGCCUGCACUCACGGGUGUUAGGUCUCAGCAUCCUAGAACUGCAUCUUUGUGACCACAGAUGGCCACACCAGGAGCUCUGCCGGAACAGGGCCACCUCGGACGCUUGUACCUUUCCUUCCUUAGCACUGUGCUCGGUGUAAUCACAGAUGUUCACUCACAGAUGAGGGGCGCUGAUUAUUUACAACAGCAAAAGGAGAAAGAAGACCUUAAAGCCAGAUCCCACCUGCCCUGCCCGAAUCCUUUCUUGGCUUUCUCUUCUGUCCUCCUCUGUCCCUGUGUCUGUUAUCCACAACAAUGUAAGAAUGAGCGACAAUUAAUAAAGAUACAAAUAGUGCACUUGUUA